AUGUUCACUGCUGUCGAGAUCUCGCGUCUAAGUGUUACCAAAAGAAAAGACGAAGAAAUUGAACUCAGCGGGCUGUGCUUAUCCAACGAUGGACUGCACUCCUCCACUAGCGAGUUCGUGCGAAGUGGAAGCGUUCGCGCGAGCCACCACAGCGCUGGUGGAAGUCCUUCCCUAGCCGGUGGGGAGGGUGGAGCAACAUCCCUCAGAGGGAGCGCCCUCGACGACGGUGGAUCAAGGUUCCCCAGACUGGACCAGUGCGCCCACUUUCACUACGAGUACGUCGAGCUUCCCCCUAUAUCGGUUUGCCUGGUGUCGGAAGAUCUCAAGCCCCUGCCGAGGAGUACGUCGAUCCGUUCGUCGUCUAUAGACAGCAGAAGGGCUUCAGAUCAGGACUCGCGAUCUUCCUAUGGGGACGGAAUCAUUGGCAGCCUUGCAGCGGAAUGCGAAAAUUAUAUUGACGCAGCUGUCGGCAGCGAAGAUAUUGCGGACGAGGUCGUUUUAGAUCCCGAGAACAAGGAGAACACAGAUCUUGGGGGUAAAAUUGACCCUUCACUCGCCUGUAAACCUCCCCGGCCAGGCGUCGGUAAAACAUGCGUUGUUGAUGUUCACAAAGAUGCAUCUGCGUUUCCUUCAGACGUUUCCCGAAAUUCUAAACCUGACAACGCCGUCUCAUCCACAGGGAUAUCCUCCCUGUGCUCGUUUGCGGCAUCCAAAACGCAAAGCACUUCGACAAAAAAUCUUACCAAGACUUCUAAUGAAAUUCUCAACACUUGCGCUGAAGACUCCGAGAGCAAGAGCUUCUUGGUGCAAGUGACGUCUUUGGAGCGGUCGUGGGUGGUGAGAAGAACCUAUGAAAAUUUCCGUUUCCUUGACCGGCAGUUGCAUCGCUGCUGCUACGACAGGAAAGUCUCGAAGCUCUCAGAACUCCCGCCGGAAGAUCAGAUGUCUGGGCCUGAUAAAGAGGCGACGCUGCAGUGCGUGUUGUCCUCGUAUCUCGCUGGGCUGAGUCGCAUCGCGGGACCGCUGAUCACAUGCGGCCCCGUGCUGGGGUGGCUGGAGCUCGACAACAGAGGACAUCGUCUUAUCGUCACCGAUGACUCGGACAUCAACACGCCCGCCGUUGCCGCCGCCUACGUCGUCAAGCGAUACCUGGCACAGGCUUCUGAUGAAAUCACCUUCGAGGUUGGUGACAUGAUCAGCGUGAUCGACAUGCCUCCGGCCGAAGAGAGCGUCUGGUGGAGAGGCAAGCGGGGCUUUCAAGUGGGCUUCUUCCCGUACGAGUGUGUACAAGUCAUCGGUGAUAAGGUGCCCCAGGCUCUACACCCGCACCCCCUGGGUGUUGCAGGCAGUCGCUGUGCCCCGUCCUCUCCUCUGCAGAGACGCGCCGCCGCUCCUACCAAGCCUGUGCUCAGGAAGCAUGGCAAGCUCAUCGCUUUCUUCAGGAGCUUUAUUCUUUCCCGACCAUCCCGACGCAAGCUCAAGCGCCAAGGCAUUUUGAAGGAACGAGUUUUUGGCUGCGACUUGGGUGAACAUUUGUCAAAUUCUGGCCACAACUUGCCGAUGGUGCUCAAGUGCUGUGCUGAGUUCAUCGAAAGCCACGGAACUGUCGACGGCAUCUACAGACUCUCUGGCAUAACUUCUAAUAUCCAGAAGCUAAGGAACGCGUUCGAUGAAGACCGCAUUCCGGAUCUUUACGGUGACGAAAGCAUCUUGCAAGACAUCCACUGCGUGGGCAGCGUGCUUAAGAUGUAUUUCCGUGAGCUGCCGAACCCGCUGCUCACGUACCAGCUCUACGAGAGCUUCGUCGCCGCCGUUACGCAGAGCGAAGAGGAGAGACUCUUGCACGUCAGGGACGUCGUCAGGCAACUUCCUCCUCCUAACUCCAGGACGCUGGAGUACCUAAUUAGGCACCUGGCUCGUGUGGCGUGCCACAGCAGCGAGACGGGCAUGACGCCUAAGAACAUCGCCAUCGUGUGGGCACCAAACUUGCUCCGCUGCAAGGAACUCGAAGAGGGCGGGGUGGCGGCGCUGCAGGAUGUGGGCACACAAGCAGUCGUGACGGAGUAUCUCAUCCGUUACGUGGAGCUCAUAUUCUGUGAACAAAAACCUUCACCCUCACCUCGGCCUAUCCGAUACGGCACUCAUCUCACUGACGUAGCUGGCACACCUAAGAAGAGUCGCCCCAAGAGCCUGGCCAUCUCUACACCAACCAAGCUCCUCACCAUAGAGGAGGCCAGACUGCGCGUUCUUACUGCCGCUAUCAAGCCCGAUCAGAAGUACAUUGAAGUUGGUGGUGGACCUCAGUCUCUACCCAAGAAUUAUCACACCGUCAUAGAGCUGCCGAACCGUAAAGGCGGAAGUCUGAAGCAGAAAAAAUCUCCGCUUGGCUGGAAGAACAUUUUCAGCAAAGGACGCACACUCUCGAAACAAACCCUCCCUGAACUACAGCACGACCGAAAAAUUUCUGCGCCAUUUGAUCUCAAUUUGACAGCUUCCGCAUGCGGGUUGAGGGUGGACGCAGCUUCUGGUGUGGGCAGGCAGCUUCGUCCCGUCAAAUCUGAAGAAUCACUUGUGUCUACUCCCGCGUCACAAGGGGGAUCAACUAACAGAAACUCAAAGGCUGUUGCUACUCCGGAAAAAAUCUGCGCGUCUCGGCAAAACAACGGGCAAACAUAUGCUGGUCAGCAUCGCGGCCAGGAUAUGGACACAAAUUGUUCGACUGAUGAUCCGUCGGCUGCUAAUGGCAGUAUAAAUGAUAGUCCCAUUCCAUCACCCCGGACGCACAAUCGUUCUGUGUCACACGAUUCCUACUUCAAUCUCCUGGAGAGGGACGGUGGGAAGACAGCGCCCCGCGAGGGUGCCGUUGCCGAGGAGGGUGAAAGCGAUCUCGAGUUGUCUCCCGAGUCUUCAAAAAUGUUCAUUGAUAUAAGCGAGCUUAAUAUUGACUUCAACACUAGUGAAGCAGAAAUGAAAAUAUUUUCUGAGGAUGAAACGCUCAAAUCUACCUCUAUUGAAGGAUCACUGUCACGUUCUACGCUCGAUAUGGAAAACUUGAGUAUGGAAUCUGGAUCGAUAAAAAGUAAGGAAAAUCUUAAUAGAUAUGAUAAGAAGAGUCUUAAAGAUAAACUACGUCACAAAUUUGCUUCACCAGCUCUCUCACGGAAAGAAUGUUGUACGGGUCUGAACAAAGAAUCAAAUUCUGAAUCUCAACCUUUGAGCGGGAGUCCCAGGUUCAGUAAAGAAUCUCCACCCACUGUGAAGACAGAGGACAAUAAGCUGUCAAAUACCCUACUAUCAUCCUCACGGCAUCCUUGUAACUUGGAAUUAAAAUCAGUGCCUUUUAUUUCAAAUGAUGAAAAUAAUCGGUCUUCGACUCAGCAAGCGGAAAAAAUGAAAGGUUCGUCUACGGAACAUGAUAAGAGUAGCGCUAGUGAUCUCACUAUUGAAGGAGGCAAUUCAAGCUUUGAAGAUUCACGUUCAGACCGUAGUUUUGAAAGUGCUCUAAUCGAUCCUGAACUCAUGGCAAAACUUACAAAAAUUCAGAGUUCCCCUUGUGCUACGGCAUCUGAAAACAGUAGCGUGUCUUUGGCUGAAGCCACUGUUUCUGAUAAUGAAUCAUUUAAUCUUGGUAGUAGUGGGAGUAAUGGUGUCUUAGCUGAUGUGAACUCGCAUAUAGCAAUUCCCGUCAGUAAAAGCGUCACUGAGACUAGGGAAGUGGCUGAUGAAUUAGCUAAUACUGGGUUGAAGACUGUGAGCCCAGUCCCUGCUGUCAUGGCCGAAUCUUUCCCAGGUUACUCCAACUGUAGUGAUGUUAUAAUGAAGAACGACGUAGACAACGUGUCUUUAGGAGAAACAAAAAGUGAGUGUAUUGAACUCGCUCACCGGCCUUCUUCGUUGUGCCCUAGUACUGAGGGCCUACUUGGCCUUGGACCGAGAGGCACUUCACCAGAAACACCGCAAGGUGAUUCUACGUUCAAUGAUAUUCUGUAUCAUCCCCUUAGUGAUACAACUGAGCCUUCAACGCCCAGUGAAUCGCAUUUCGGUAACGGAGUCGCCGAGAUUACUACUCCUCUGGCAUCAUCAGCGUCCAACUUUCUAAUUCGUAGAACUCCUUUAUCCCCCGACAUCAGCAGCAGUAGUGCUGAUGAUCCAAUCGAAAACGUGCCCAUUUACGAAAACGUAGAUAAAAAUUCUUCUCUGUGCGCCUCAAUUUUGAGUCACGGUGAAGAAAGUGAUGGUAACUACGAAAAUGUGAUGUACCUCUCUUCAGAGAAAUUAGGGGCAAGCAGAGCUGACGAAAAUUCCCACUUCACCAAUACAAUUAUUAGGAAGAAAUCUUUGCCGAAAAAAGUAACGCACGUGAAUAGUUCGGACGUUAAUGCCUCGUCGGUAGAUGACGCGAUGGUUGAUGAAUCCUAUGAAAGUUUAAAUUCUUGCGGCACUAAAGCUGGUCUUCUUGAAACAGCACUCGAUGAUGAUUACGAGGCUUAUAAUUUUACGUCGCAGCCUGAAUACGAAAAUGUCAACAUACACAAUUCAGAAGCGACGGUAACACUUGCACCUAUAAUUCAAUCAAGUCCAGAACUCUGUGUGGAUAUGGAUGGCGAAAGCGUUUAUCAACAAGUUAAGUAUUUGCGUCGAUCUAUUCAAGAGGUCAACGAUUUGCUUGUCGAUAACGACAAAGAUGAUGAAGCAAUGAAAAUUAUUGGAAACGUGAGUUGUGUUCCAGUAUCUUGUGCAUUAACCUACGAUCACAACGACUCGGAACCGGGAGAACAUUCAGUUGAUAUCACGAACAUUCAAAAUAGUCAGCCCCUUAAAAAAGUUGAAUCGAAAAAUGCAGAUGAUACCGAAUGCCUGGAAUCCCCCAUGACCCCUUCAUCUUCUAGUUUACCCACAGAAGUAUUGGUGUUUCCUUGCUUCUCGUCCCCGACGGAAUCCACGACAGAUGACGUCACUUCAUCCGACGCGUCGGAAGCUCUUUUAUUAACUGCAAGUCCGUCUUUCCGACGAUCCCCGGCUACUAGUAUCCUAAACUUUUCUCCUCCGACGCCUUCUGGCUCCUCGGCUAUAGACGCUGUAACCAGAGUCUCUGCAGAAUGCAACAACCCCACUUUACAGCCUCCUAUUCAAAGUGUCCCUGUUGUUGCUGAUAAUGAUGGACUCGGCGAAAGAGAGGCUCUCCAUUCUCACCAUACCCCAAUUUCACCCCAUUUGAGUGUAGGGUCUUCAGUAAAGUCUUCUGAAUCUUCAUCAUCGCAGUCGAAUCCAGCAUCAUCACAGGCCACCUCGCCAUCAUCAGGCACUGCAAGUCUAUCAUCUUGUUCGCCAGAUGUGACACCUACGGGAGAAAAUUCCCAUUUGUUGGCAUCAUUUUCUUGUGCGAAUGAUACUUCCUCUGAUGCUGUCACAUCUGCACUGGCAGGAGAAAGAAACGACGACGCUGACAUGGAGCCAUUGCUCAUGGAUACUGACAUGGAAACAAAUCCAGUCACUCCCACUCUUCAGUGUUCUCCGGAAUCUAGUCAAAUCGAGGAGGACAAUGAAUUGCUGCUAGACCAAGAAACGUCUAUUAAACCUAUUUCGGAUAUAUCGUCGGACCUCAAUGAUGAAGCAGUAUGGACUGAAGUAACACAUACUCCUAUUGAUUCUGAAACUUGGCAUCCUUCUCAAGUGGAAAAAGUUCCCGUUAGCCCAAUAACACAAUCUCUUCAGCGUCACAAAACGUCACCAGACAUUCCAAAACCGCACACUCCAGUUGACAAUAGCGCACAACUGUCCAAAGAGGCCGAAGAUGUACCUUACAAAGCCAAGAGCGGCCCUGUAAAAAAAGACAUCACAAACGCUCUUAUCGAGCCAGAAGACGAAGCCAUCAAGAGAGAGCGCAUUGAAAAGUACAAAGAAGAAAGAAGGAUGAUUCUGAGAGAAAAAUUCAAGUCGGAGAGUUUCCGAGGUGAGAAAGAUGAAAUGCUGUUAAGAUUAAAACAAAAGGCUAUUAGUCCUUCCCGAGUUGAGGACGACUCAUUCCUUGCGAGCGAUGGCAUAGCAGAAAAAGUCCCUUGCACUGAUCAAUUUUUGCCGCCAAAGCCAUCAGACGUGUUGAGCUUGAAUAAUCGUGAUGCGGACGAAGUCGUCCUUCGCGCGAGGGAUUCGGCACCUAAAAUCGUAGAAGGAAAAAAUAUUUCUUCAAAUACCUGUGCAAUCGAAGGAACAAGUGUGGAUUCGGAGCUUAAACAAGACUACGAAUCUUCCUCGCAACGCUUAUCCACUUCUCAACUUGUAGAGAAAGAGCGUCGGUUAACUAAUGUGGACCGACAUAGCUCCCCUACCUCUUCAAGUUAUUCGAAAGUAGGAAGUUUACCGCAGUGCGCGGAAUCUUUUAAACUUCUCAAGUCGACGUCGUCUACAUCACCUCUCACAGGACAAACUAACAUGCGUUUCAGCGGUGCCCGUAAAGGACCAGAGAUUGUAGCUGACAAGGACGAUGUUAGUGUGAAAGAUUUGGUCUCAGUUUGGGGAAAAGAUGAUACCACAUCGAAAAGCCCUACUGAUAAAGAUGCCCGAGCCAAGUAUGAAACGGGCCUUUACUUCGGUGGCCAGACGAAUAAGAACCAAACUCGCGAUAAACCACCUCGCUUUCAUCGAGGCCUCAGUCACGAUCCAGCUCAUCCAAAAGUUCCGACUGAUCACGUUUCUGUGCAUGGUCGAGUAAAUAGAGCACUUAGCUGCAACGCCGAACUGUCUGAUAAGGCAAGUUUUGCGAAACAAUCAAAGGUUUCAGAAGGGGAGAGCCUUCCAGAAGGAAAUGGAACAACUAUUGUCAGAAAUGUCUUGUGCCCAUCUGGUAGCAUUGGAGGCAAAUCCUUUCCUGACAAAAUUAACGACAAAUUUGGAACUCACGACGGAAAUGGUCGCAAACUAAUAUCGAGCAACAUUCGCAAUGAACAGUCUCUCAAUGCCUCGAAGAUACCCGACACUAUGCCUUCUAAACCGACUCGCACCAGCGUCCGUUCGGCUGGUCCGAGUAGCAGCGCUAGUCCAAUUUUCAAGCAAUCGUUCCCGUCGUCCAAAUUGCCGUUGUCUUCCAAUGUAACUUCUAGUAGCUCUCGACCUGCCGGUGCCUCGUGCAGUAAGGUAGCCUCUAGUGCAACUCUAUCUAAGCCGUCUGCAGUGUCUCAGCAGCAGCGGAAAAUACGUGACAUGGCUGCCAUGUUUGAAGGUCCUUGCGGAAGCUCCACUCCUGCUCCCGCCGGACCCCCAACUAAAAUCAUGAGGCAAUCAUCACGAGAAGGAAAAUAGUGAACGUGCCUCAGUGACUUUAUGUUGUUCUUUCUUGUUUAUAUUUUAGAUAAUAUUGCAAUUUCCCGCUGUAUCGUGUUGGCGACAACACCGGUGUUCCUUUGAAUAUUCGUCAAAGUUAAAGGACAUGUUUUAAAUAUUUAACGUUGAUGCAUUUGUAAGUGCGGAGUUCGUAUAUCUCAUGGCGAAUAUCCCUAACAUACCAAAGAUUUAUUUAAGGGUUUCUGUCUUCUCUUUUUUGCUUUAGUAUUACGAAAACGGCCGCUCUCUUAUUUAUUUUUCGGUUCAUUGAAAGACUAACUUGGUUAAACGGAACGGUUAAAUUUGUCUUUUCUAGGCUUCGAGAUUAAGAGUUUACAUCAAGCGUUCAGUUCCACACUUUUUUUGUCGGGUCGCGUACCAAAAUGGAGAUUGAUGAGUUUCGCAAUCUGUUUUAACUGAAGCAUAGAAAUAUAAUCACCUUAGAUGGCGAUUUAGGAUAAUGUUCAACUAGAAAGAUUGAAGGUAAUUUCCACUUUUUCGAAAUGCUUCUGAAAAUUUUUCAAUCCGGUUAGGCGCCUUUCGAUGAUUGCGAAAAAUAUUGUGCAUUUGGUUUGCAUCAUGAAUUUUUCUACGAUUGAGCAGCACAUUUUAAUCGUUGAUUAAACCAUGGUCACUGGCUUCAUUACGAUGCACACAGUACAAUCUUUCUUAGUGUUUCAAGUAUAUAGAGGUGUAAUGGUGUUGCUGCGAAUGAAAAAAGGUGUUGCUAGACUCUUUAGUUCGAAGAGAUAAGGGCCAGGGCACAAAGUUAAUUUGUAAUAUUAUUUAGCAUUUGAAAACGAAGUUUUUUUAAAACUGAUUUAUGUAAGGUGUUUGCAGCUAUGAGAAAAAUGUCUCGCAAAUAAACGGUUUGUAAACCAAGUAGCGCACGCAAGAGAGAUUCUUUUACACUCGGCGCUAUAUUCUAACGAUUUUUUUUUUAUCUUGGUGGGAUCAGAUACUACGCUCUCUAAGUGCAGGUCUGACCUUGAGGUCUAGUCAUUUGAUGUACAUUUUUUCCAAACAUCCUGUCAUUAUGAUGUAAAUUUUCGCCUAACUUCUACCCCAAGUACGCUUGUGGUUUCUUCUUAACUCUAUAUGGCCAUUCCACUCAUUACGGUUCGACGCUCAGCUCCUGAUUUCCCUAUUACUGUAAGAGAAUCUCUAUUUUAAAGCAUUGCGUCAGAGGUGAUGAGACGAUGUACUGCACUUCAGAUUUGAGGUGAUAUUUUGAUGCUGCAUAGAUGAAUAAGUACGUCAAACACACUAAAAUUAUUGCACGAUAACAAUCUAUAUGCUUAUUAGCCAUAGGUCGUAUACUGUGUACUGUCGAAUAUGAACAAAUCUGAUUUAUUGGU